UUGUCGUUGGCGGGCGAACAGUCGCCGCUCGGCCGUUGGUCUGCCUCAUUUGGACCAUUCGCGAGAUCGCCACUCGCCGAUAGAUCGCAAUCCCGAUCUCGGCGAUCAAUUUCGGGGACGCACGCACACACGUGUGAGAGAUCGUAUCUUUUUAAAUUUCAUUUUAAAGGCCACGCAGUCGGGAGAGGAAUCCGAUUGGAUCUAAUCAACGCGCACGGCUUGCAAAUUCCGUGUUUAUCGAGUAGCCACGUGAGAAGUGGCGAUUAAGUUUCCUCGCGAGCGUGCCAAUCAGUCAGUCAACCAGUUAGUCAGUCAGAGUCCAGCACGAGUCAACAACGAUGUGUCGCUCGUGACUUCUUAAAACUUGAACUACUUGAGCGCAACUCUCUCUUCUUCGCGAUAUCAAACAAUAAGUGACAUCGAUACGGUGUGCUCUUAUUAUAAAAUUCGUGACUGUGAAGUUCGACGUCGAACUUGGAUUUUUGACGAUGGAUUCUGCACAUCUGUCCCGCGCGUACAUCUAAACUGCAAUCCGCUUUGAUGCUUCAGUAAGAAGAUCGACGGAAGAAUUAACCAAGUGCAGCACGAUUACGUUGUCGGAGGAAAUUGCGGACAACACCGGCGCCGCGACGACAACACAUACGGAGAAGAUCAUGGGUGUUUGCAGAAAAAUCAUACGUUUGAUAUACGUGUUGGAUCUGGUUUUGGCAUUAUCUGUGAUUUUGCUUGUGGCGCUAUUGGAGCUCAAUGUGUUACCGCAUCAGCAGAUUGGCUUCUUCUGCAAUGAUCCGAAGCUUUCGUUCAAGUUCACGGGCGACACGAUCUCCAUGGGCUUGCUGAUAAGCGGCACUGCUCUCAUGCCUAUAAUAGUGAUGGGGAUCGCAGAAUACGUCUGCCAUCUCACCAACAGUUACGAGAAUGUGCCGGGUCGCAGCGGCAGCACCAGGAAUAGACAGAUCUGGCGUUGGUACAGCGAUUACACUGUAGGAAUCCUCACGCUCACGCUCUUGUGCGCGAUCAUGAAGAUUUUGAUCGGUGAACCGCGACCGCACUUUUUCGACACGUGCAAACCACACGAGGCGAACAAUUGCACCGAUGAAUACAUCAAUUCUUAUACGUGCACAAAUACUAAGACGUCAUAUUUUUACAUCCAGGAUUCCAGCAAGUCUUUUCCCUCCGGUCAUUCAGCUCUCUCGGUGUACACAAGCAUCUUUCUGGUGUGGUAUCUGCAGAUCCGUAUGCCGAAUCGGACAUUGUUUCUGAAACCGUGGCUGCAAUGCCUCGUGGCCAUGUGGGGCGUGACGUGCUCGAUGACCCGAGUGAGCGACAACCGGCACCACUGGUGGGAUGUGCUCGCCGGCGAUGUUCUCGGGUUCCUGUUCAGUCUGUUCGUCGUAACAGUGCCCUGCCGGCUCUUCCAUCUCGAUUGCGCCGCCGCCACCGUCUCGGCGACGCACACCCUUAACGAGACUCUGGAGAACGGCCAGAUCGGCGAGAACGGCUUUGACAAGCAGCGCAAGCAGAACACAAAGUUACUCAGUCCUGCCGUCGUCGAUAUCUCGGAGGCCCGGGAGAUGAAGGACAUCACGACCACUUGGAGGGAAUGAACGCGAGACGUUCGCGCGGAACAAUUUGCAGUAUAAAAGUAGAAUAGGAGGGGGAGAGGGAUGAUCGAAUCACUUGUUUUGGAAAUGCCUUUGCCAUCCAAAGAUGUCGGAGUUUCUGACUUAAAUUUUCGUUGGUAAUUUUGCGCAACAAAACAUUGCAAUUAUCCAUACAGAGGUGAUAAUAGAACAGAAGUAGCAUGCCUUUUCUCGCAGUUGUAUCGGUGCUAUCGUAUUUUUUACAAGGAUUUUGGACGUAACUUUCUUUCUGAAACGAUUGAUUCAAUCAUAGAGAUCUAUAAGCUUGGUGGGGAGGUUUCUCUCGAUGCACAUCGGGGAUUGAAACGUACGACAUUGAUUUUUCUAUUAACUUACAAACUGCUCAGAGUACGAAAUAGUCGAACGUUUACAUUCCGCUGAAAAGAUACACAUAUCAAAAUCACGUGCGCGUCGAUCACAAGGUUUUAGCAGGUGCGAAAUGGUACUGGACUCGGAAGGGAACAGUAGGAAGUUCGUAAGUAGGAUCAAGUCACCAGUUUUUGGCCGUUUCUAGCACAUGUUAGUAGAUAUUGUCGUAUUAACUAUUUUUUCAGGUAUCUUACGAAUCGUUUUAGGCAGCAUUUUUUUAUCAAUUUAGGUGGUAACAGUUAUUUUGCAAUAUUUCUAAAAAUUUCGAUUUUGACUAGGUUUGGUUUUUUAAAACCAUAUAAAGAGAAAUUUAUUUAAUAUAAACGGAGUAGAAAUACAAAAAAUAUAGUCAAAACUGGCCCUACGUUGAUCCUACGUGAAUGCAGAUCACUCGCGCGUGUUGACUGUUGACUGAUCUGCGUAGGUCUGAUUUAGUAAUAUAGUAAUAACCGUAAAAAUCGAGAGCCAACCAAUUGAACAAAAUGGUAAUCUGAUGCGACAAGUUAACUUUGUCUCCAUCUGAGAUUUUUCUCUUCGUCAAUACUGACGUCUCUUAAUAUCUCAAACGUUCCCCGCGCUCUUAUCAAUACUUACAUUCCUGCAACGAUUACACAAUUUAAUUAUCUAACUUUGAAAAUUGCCAUAUCAAUGAAUCCCAGAUGUGCGUGUCGUCAAUGCUACGAAUUCACCUAAUAAGAGUCAAAUGCAACCAAUUCGAGUUGUAUGUAUGUUGGGUUCUAUCAUCCUAUUAUUGGGUUCUAUUAUUAUGGGUUCUAUUCCUCGCUUCAAUCUUCGGCUACAUUUUAGACGAAAAAUAGAAGCAAACCGCGUGCAAUCCGUUUUUUAUUACGUGUAAAAUUUUGUACUAUAGCAAAGGAUUUAGUUUUCAUUUCUAGUAUAUAAUGCGCAACUAGCGGAUAAAAUAAAACUUGAAUUAAUGCGUUAGAAGAUUAAGUCAGUGGUAAGUUAAUUUAUUCACGAUAAUUCUUAAAGAUUUAUAGGUGUAUAUUAAAAAUCUUUUUUUCACAUUCCGAAAUGCAACUUUCGAAUGUACAUAUUUUCGUCGAUGUGAGAUAAUUCUUAAUUUAUUUACGAGUAAUGAAUAGCAACAAAAAAUUGAUGCGAAAAGAGCGCCCUCACGGAUGUGCAGAAACGAAUGUAUAUUAUAAAUAGUAGUAUUAUUAUAGCCGUAUGGUAUUAUUAUCUGUAGUUUUAUUAUCUCUAAAAGUGGACGUUAAUACGUCGUUAACAAAGCGAUUUUCAAACCGCGCGGCGCGGCACGGCUUUUAACAUCGGUUUUUUUAACCAGUGAAAAGCCGUGCGCGAUAAGGAUGUCGCUCGACGUAAGUCUCAUACUCGAAUACUUUUCGCAAUAGUAUUGAAAUGACGUAUAUGCACGUACGCGCUGGGAACAUAAAGUAUUCACCUGUCAGAGUUAUGGACCAUAAAUACAAGUAGUAUUUAUAUACUACACAAUGCAACCGCGCGCGGUGGAUAAUGGUGGAGUAACGCGAAAUUAAAGUGAUUACAUUGUACGUGAGUGUGCUUUAACUCUGCCAAUUGUUAUUUUUAUAGUGUACACCUACCGUAAGGAGCGUGUUAUUUCUAAUACGCCCCAUUCGAUUUCCGUCAUAUAUAAUCACACAUUAUGCGAGAUUGUAAAUAUUGUAAAAAGUAUUAUUUAAGGUAGGGAAGGAAUUUUUUCUAUAAAUGAAUUGCAUUAGUUGAAACUAAUCGCACAAUCCUAGUAUGAAUUGUAAUAUGUUUCGCGAUUGUGUACAUAGAAGGUGCAUGCUGCGACGAGCAUAUGUACCGCGGCUUAUUUUUACUCGAGAUUAUUCUUAAGCCGAUCUUAAGGCACUGCCUUCUUUCCAGCCUCGCGACCGCAAAAUAUUGACUUUAUUUGGGAUCUCCAUUAUACUAACUAAUCCA